UCCUUUUUUUUAUAUUUAUUGUGCUCCAGGGCAUUUAUAGUAAUAGCGAAGGGAUCUCUCUGGUCAAUAAAAUAUUUCGAUGAUUAAAUAUGCUUUCACAUUAUCUCUUGUUACCAAAGAUGUCCAUUUUUUUUUCAAAACAAAGAAACUGAAAAUAAAACACAAGAUUAAAAAUAAAUAAAUAAAGCCUGUGGCUCCUCCUCCAAGACAACCCCCCCCCCUCCCAACAGUGAUGAAUAGGAGGGACUGUAUUCCUCGCCCCUGGAGACUAUCGUUGCAGAUAGUCUGUUUUGAAAUUCUUUUCUUUAGAGGAGAUUUUUUUUUUCUCUCUCUCUCUCUCUCUUUAAAAAUAUCAAACAAAGCUGCUGUUUGCUAUUCCUGUGGCUGGCGCACCACCUGGGGCUGAGGACAUGGGCGGCAUCACCGGGCUGGGGAAAAUGCAAAUUGAUGAUGGAGCGUCGGGGGAUGCGCUUUUCCUUUUCUGCGAACAGCACACUCCUUGAAUGACAGCAAAUUCUCUACAGGUUUUCCCUGCGGGAACGUGCCCCUCGCGGUUCAUUCGGUUUUCUCUAGAAAAUCGGCCACCGGAGAGGACCGGGGCGCGGCAUUGCUGGAGMGGUUCCAGACCCGGGGGCUCCAGCCCAGCCUGCGCGUACCCGCGGACAGGCUCUGCGGGCUACUAUCCCGGUCCCAGCAAGGCCAGGGCCGGCGGAUGGCGUGAGCCUAUUCCGAACCGCCGAGGGCAACGGAGGUCCCGCCGAGCCCACUUUUCCCGCCGCAGCGAACAGCAGCCGCGCGGGGCGGAGGCACCACGUGCAGCUCACCGGCUGCAUCCAGAUGUGCAGGCACCUCGCGGGGAAGAAGGCCACUAGGCGAGGCUAUAGCGAGUUCCAAGACUCCGCUCAUCCCGCCAGCUCACAGUUUCGCUCUUUCUAAAGGAAGCCCUUGGCUCCGGCUGCGGGAUCUUCGGUAGGUGACUGGCGGKCGAGACAGCGCUGCUCCAGCCGGAACGCCCCGGCAGGAGGUUUGUCCCCGCCCGCGCGCCGUGCCGCGCGGCACCUAGGGUGGGGAGAGGGCGCGCGGCGGAGAUGGGCGAGACCAUGUCAAAGAGGUUGAAAUUGCAUCUGGGAGGGGAGGCGGAGAUGGAGGAGCGCGCGUUCACCAAUCCCUUCCCGGACUACGAGGCCGCCCUCGCCGCCGCGGGGCUCACUACCGGAACCUCAGAAGAGUCGGGCUGUGUUCGCACCCAAUCCAMCACAGAUGAGUUAGGCCUUCCUUUCCACCACGACGGCAAGAUCAUUCAUAAUUUUGUGAGGCGGAUCCAGACCAAAAUCAAAGAUCUUCUACAGCAGAUGGAAGAAGGGCUGAAGACAGCUGAUCCUCAUGAUUGCUCUGCUUAUACUGGUUGGACAGGCAUAGCCCUUUUGUACCUGCAGCUGUACCGGGUCACUUGUGACCAGACAUACCUGCUUCGAUCUCUGGAUUAUGUAAAGAGAACACUUAGGAACCUGAAUGGUCGCAGGGUCACUUUCCUCUGUGGAGACGCUGGGCCCCUUGCUGUAGGAGCUGUGAUAUAUCAUAAACUCAAAAGUGACUGUGAAUCCCAGGAAUGCAUCACAAAACUUUUGCAGCUGCACAGAAGCAUUGUCUGCCAAGAAUCAGAGCUUCCUGAUGAGCUGCUGUUCGGUCGAGCAGGUUAUCUGUAUGCCUUACUGUACCUGAACACGGAGAUUGGCCCUGGCACUGUGUGUGAAUCAGCCAUUAAAGAGGUAGUCAAUGCUAUUAUUGAAUCCGGUAAAACCUUAUCAAGAGAAGAAAGAAAAACUGAUCGCUGUCCCCUAUUGUAUCAGUGGCACAGGAAGCAGUAUGUUGGAGCAGCCCAUGGCAUGUCUGGGAUCUACUAUAUGUUAAUGCAGCCUGCAGCAAAAGUGGACCAAGAAACCUUAAUAGAAAUGGUGAAGCCUAGUAUCGAUUAUGUGCGCCACAAGAAAUUUCGAUCUGGGAAUUAUCCAUCUUCAUUAAGCAAUGAAACAGAUCGAUUGGUCCACUGGUGCCAUGGUGCCCCAGGUGUCAUCCAUAUGCUCAUGCAAGCAUAUAAGGUUUUUAAGGAGGAGAAAUACCUGAAAGAGGCCAUGGAGUGUAGUGAUGUGAUUUGGCAGCGAGGUUUGCUCCGAAAGGGAUACGGGAUUUGCCAUGGGACCUCUGGGAAUGGCUAUUCUUUUCUGUCUCUUUACCAUGUCACAAAGGAUAAAAAGUAUCUCUACCGAGCUUGCAAGUUUGCAGAGUGGUGUCUAGAUUAUGGAGCGCAUGGAUGCCGCAUUCCUGAUAGACCCUAUUCCCUGUUUGAAGGCAUGGCUGGCGCUAUUCACUUUCUCUCUGACAUCCUGGUACCAGAGACAUCACGAUUUCCAGCAUUUGAACUUGGCUGUUCAGAAAGAAAUUAAAAAGAGAGAAAUGGCACAUACUUCACAGGACAGGAUUCACAGACAUCAGUUUAAUAAUUACAAGUGUUUGAAAUCAGAUUUCAGAACAUCUCAUUCAUUUUUUGUAUUUCUUUGUGUCCACAACUGUGUUCUCCAAAUGUACCUAAAUUUAAAAAUAUGUACGUGCACAAUACCAUUUCAAAA